AUGCGGCUGUUCCCGAACUCGAAGAAAGACGCUGCUGCUGAGGCGCCCGUGCAAGACUCCAUCGCCCCAGCUCCACUUGGAGAAAAACCCACCGGAAUAGACAGGCUGGAAAGAGAUGCAGAAGCCGGGGCGCCUCCGCAGACGCAGAUGGCAAUUGAUCCCGAGGUGGAGAAGAGAGUGAGAAGGAAGUUGGACUGGCACCUCCUUCCUCUCGUCUCGGGACUGUAUCUGCUUGCGUUUCUGGAUCGGAGCAACAUCGGAAACGCACGCAUCGCAGGCAUGGCCGAUGACCUUGACCUCGACGGCGGAAAAUACGACUGGCUCCUCACCAUCUUCUACAUUUCGUACAUCGUCUUCGAGUUCCAGGCCAUCAUGUGGAAGGUCGUCCCGCCGCAUCAGUGGGCGGCGUUCGUGGUGUUCGCCUGGGGCUUAGUCUCGAGCGUGCAGGCAGCGAUUCACACGUGGGAAGCGGAAAUGGCCUUGCGAUUCCUAAUGGGAUGGGCAGAAGCGGGAUACGGUCCUGGAAUUCCCUAUCUACUGAGUUUCUUUUACCUCAGGCAUGAGCUGGGACUGCGGGCGGGGUUGUUCCUCAGUGCGGCGCCGCUGGCGAAUACGUUUGCGGGGGCGCUGGCGUAUGGGAUUACGAGUGGGAGUCCGGGGAUUGCAAAGUGGAGGGUGCUUUUUUUGGUGGAGGGGCUGCCGACGAUUGUGAUGGCUGGGGUGGCGUGGUUCUUUUUGCCUGAUAGUCCGGAGAAGGCCAAGUUUCUGAACGAGGAGGAAAAGAUGGUGGUGAAGGCACGGGGGGUGAGGCAAGCGGGUGCGGCGACUAGGGUUGGGGGCGUGAAUUGGAAAGAGUUCUGGGCUGGGCUUGCGGAUCCGAAAGGGUGGAUUCUAGGGUUGAUGUACUUCUCCUGCAACGUCUCGUUCUCGUCGCUUCCCGUGUUCCUACCGACAAUCCUGAAGGAGAUGGGCUUUUCGGCGAUCAACGCGCAGGGACUUACGGCACCGCCUUUCUUCCUCUCGUUUCUCAUCACUAUCAUCACGCCGUACAUCGCAGACCGCACGCAGCAACGCGGCAUCAUGCUCGUCAUCCUCACCAUCAUUGGCGGAACGGGGUAUGUCAUCCUGGCCGCCGCCAAAAGUGUAGGGGCGCGAUACUUUGGCGUCUUCAUGGCUGCAGCGGGCAUCUUCCCCGCGAUUGCCAAUAUCUUGCCGUGGGUGUUGAACAACCAGGGCUCCGACACACGCCGCGGCGCUGGAAUCGUACUGCUCAACGUCAUCGGACAGUGCGGGCCGUUGCUCGGGACGAGGAUGUAUCCCACCAACGAAGGGCCGUUCUACGUCAAAGGGCAGUCCGUCUGCGCUGCGUUCAUGUUCUUCACGACGUUCCUCGUGGUCAUCUUGAGAACGCUGCUCGUGUGGGAGAACAAGAAGCUGGAUAAGCAGUAUGGGACUCUGGCACAGCAGAAGCAGGCGGCGCAGGAGGCGGCGCAGGCUGCGGGCGGGGAGACGAAGAACGAGGUUGCUGUUGAGAAUUACGGGCCGUUGUUUAGAUAUGUCCUGUAG